UCCCCGCAAAGCUAACGGUGCAGAAGAAAGGACGCGGGGUGGGAUUUCCCCCCCCUGCCUCGCGCCGCCCGUGCACGGGAUCGCAGCCGCGCUGAAAUCCGGCCCGGCACGGUCCGAUUGCAGCGUCCAGCCUCCCUCCCCGCGCUCUGCGCUCACCCUUUGCUGCUGGUCUUUGUUUCGCUUCACCCUUCCUCCGGUAGCUCUCACUGCACCGGGCACAGACUUCCUCUAGGUCAGCAGCUGCUGCGAUUGCAACACAAGUUGCAGCCAAGUCACAAACCAUGUUGUCACUCUGGUUCCAGGGGAGGAAAAUGCCUGCAGGGAUGGACUGCUCAGCAUGCUAAACCUCCAGGACUGACUGAGGCAUACGAUGAGAACAGGAGCCCCAUCGCAAUGACUAGGGAAAGGGAGUUCUGAAUGUUAAGAGAACAGCUCUGCUGUUGGGUUGAAAGAAAAAACUCCAUGAGAAAAUGCAACCCAAGAAAGAACCAGAGCCAUCCAGUUAGCUGCACGACCCUUGGCACCUCAGUAUCUGUGCUGCAUGUUGACAACCUCUCCUCCUGGUCAGCAGAGCAACCAGGGCCCAUCAGCUGCACUUCGACUAUUGCAUCACUGACUUUUUUAUAAUCGCCCCUUGCCAAUCUUCCAACCAUCCCUCCCCAUCCCUUCACCGGCUCCCUAGCAGCUGCCUGGCCUACCAGAGAGAACCCAGACACGGAAGAAUCACAUUCACAUGCUCUCUGGCACCACCAUGAAAGACCUUGCAAAGCGCACGGCCCAGAAGACGCAUAUGUGCCCGGAGUGUGGGAAAUCCUUCAGCAAGAAGGGAAAUCUAAAGAGACACCAGAGGAUCCACACAGCAGAGGAGCUCUACCCGUGUGGUGAGUGUGGGAGGCGCUUCACCACUAGGGGGCACCUUACCACCCACCAGAGCAUCCACACCGGAGAGAGGCCUUUCCAGUGUGACGAGUGCGGACGGUGCUUCCGGCUGGAGAUAUGCCUGGCUGCCCAUCAGAAGACACACACCAAAGGCGGGCCGUAUAUCUGUGUCCACUGUGGGAAGAGCCUGAGCACACGCAUCUACUUCAGCAUCCACAUGAGAACCCACAAGGAAAAGCGACCAUACGCCUGCACCGAGUGCGGGAAGAGCUUUGUGAAGAAGGGGACGCUGACGGCACACAAGGAGAUACACAAACGGGAUAAGCCUUUCAAGUGCUCCGACUGCAGCCGGUGCUUUGGUCAGAGCGCAACACUGGUGGCUCACCAGAAAAUCCACCUCCGCGGGGGCCCAUUCAUAUGCACCGAGUGCGGGAAAAGCUUGAGCACCAAGAGAUAUUUUAAUGUCCACCAGAGGAACCACGCAAAGCAGAGGCUACAGGAAGCCACUGGACAUGUAAAUGGCAUGCCUCUCCGGGUCAUCCAGAUUAAAGAGGAACCAGACGUGGCCUUCAAACAGGAGGAUAGUUUUAGCCUGGGGAAGAACGUUACAAUACCAGGAGCUCACUCAGAGGACGGACCCCAGGAAGGUACUGAUUGUGGAACCCAAUCCAGCCCAAAGAUCCUUGUUAGCACUCCGUGGGGAAUCCAGACUAAGGAGGAACCAGACACAUACCCCGAACAUGAGAGAAACAUUACAGUAGCCCACCAGAACUCUUACAUCAAGGAAGAACCACAGGCCAGCCCCGACUAUGACAACCAAUUCAAUCCAAAGAUGCCUCUCUUUCCUCCGUGGGGAAUCCAGGCUACAAAGGAAGCUGGGGUGGACAACGAACACCAGAGGAAUGUCACUAUGAUCGGCAAUCUUGCGGCAUGCCAGAAACCCCGCAUCAAGGAAGAACCACAGGAGAGCACCGACCAUGGAAGCAACUUCAGUCAAAAGACAUCUCUUGACACCAUCCAGAGGAUCCAGAUUAAAGAGGGAGCCGGGGUGGAUGGUGAACAUGGGGAAAGCUGCAGCCCAAAGAAAAAACAUAGAAAACGCCAGAGAACCAGCGAAGAGGGGACUCCUGGUGCAUGUACCGAGAGCCGGGCAAGCACAAAAUGCAAGAAAAAUCCCUUGAUGAAGGACAGUCCCAAAGCGGAGAGGAUAUUUCCAUGUCCCGAGUGUGGGAAAAGCUUCAACCAGAAGUCGAAUCUUACUAGGCACCGGAAGAUCCACACCAGUGAGGGGCCUUAUAAGUGCAACGAGUGCGGGGAGAGUUUCCGGAUGAACAGGAAGCUCAUCAGGCAUCAGAGGAUCCACAUGAGCGAGCCCUUUAAAUGCACCGAGUGUGGGAAAAGUUUCACCCAGAGGUCAAACCUUGUGAGGCACCAGCGGAUCCACACCAGGGAGGAGCCGUACAAAUGUCCCGAAUGCGAGAAGACCUUCAAUCAGAAGGCCAACCUCUUCAGGCACCAGACGAUCCACAUCAGGAUGGGACCGUGCAAAUGCACCAAGUGUGGGAAAUGCUUCACUCAGAAGAAAAACCUUAUUAGACACCAGACGCUGCACUCCAGGGGCGGGGCUUAUAAAUGCACGGUGUGUGGGAAACGGUACAGGCUGAAGAAAUAUCUGAGGAGGCACCAGAAAAUCCAUAUGAGGGAGGGACCCACCGGGCGUGCAAAACGGGGGGAAAAGCUGGGGGCACCGAUGAGCAUUAGCAACCACCCCCAGACCCACCCAGAACAAAGAGCGCUCCCGGCUGUGAAAAGUGAGGAGAGCAACCUCUAGCCACAGAGCAAAGCCCACAAAGGAAGGUGAUAAGCAUGGACCAAAUUCUGCAGUCUUUAGUGGAGCAAAACUCCUACUGUAAACAGAAGGAGGCAGUGUGGCUGGGAUUCAGGAGACCUGCGUCCAGGUCCUGGGUCUGUCACUGGUUCUGUCACUUGGGCAAGUCAGUUUCCCUCCCCGUGCCUCAGUUUCCUCAUCUGUAAAAUGGGGUUAAGGAUACUGACCUCCUUGGUAAAGAGUAAGGUAGUAUUAUUAUUAACCAGAGAUUUGCUCCAUUGAAGAAUGCGGAGUUUAGCCCAAUCAGCCUCAACUCUUAAACAGGCUGAAUGUAUUCAGGUGCAAAGCAUUGAUUUCGAUUGUACCAUUUUGCUUCUGGAAGAGAAGUGGGGAAUGUAUCUGCUGAGCCUGGCUCUGAGAAAUGGGCAUCGCCCACAUAGUUCUAACACGGACAUCGCUCCCAUCGAUAUCAGAGGUCAGCUCUGGGACUGGAACUCGGGAUGAAAGGCAGCAGACGUAAAGGCCAGCGUUUUCAAACCGGGGGGUGUGGGGGGUGAGAUUAGGCUGCGGAAUGAAAGAUGGCUCAGGCUGGGCACCUAACGUGGAGAUACUCAAACUCUGUGGCCACUUUUGAAAAUUUGGCUGGCAGUGAGCAAAUGCUGCUCUCCCAGUACAUCUGCGCUGAAGUUGGACGUGUACUUUCCAGCUUGGGUAGACGUACACACUCUAGCUUUGAGAGAAUAGGAGUCCCCUGCCAUCUAGGAGACCAGCCAGAGACUCCAUGAAACACACAGUUCUCUUAAUCCCAGAAUAAACACUACUGGACACUCCCUGCACUUGCUCAGUACCAACCAGGUCCUUCCAAUUUCAAAGACAAGGCCUGGCUGAAAGUUAAUACAUGAGCAGGGACAGGUGGUCACAAUGAGGUGGGGAAGAGUCACAGGAGUUAAUGACACACCAGCCACAUAAUGCAAUGAGACUAAAGGCUUGUCUACACUUGAAACGCUACAGUUCUCCCAUCGGCAUAAGUGAUCCAUAUCCCCAAGAGGCGCUAGCUAGGUCAACGGAAGGUAGUGCUGUCUACACCAGGGGUUAGGGCAGCAUAACUACGUCACUCAGGAGGGGGGGUUUCACACCCCUGAAUGAUGUAGCUGGGUCGACCUUAUUUUUUGGGGUAGAUCGGGGCUGAGCUAGCAUGCUAAGCACAGCAGCGUAGCCACAACAACAUGGAUCUCAGAGAGGGUUGUGCUCUGGUGGUUAGCCCGUUCCACCGGCCACUUCCUAAAAAUAUUGCUCUAGCUCAAUCAGAGCUAGCACGUGUACACACCUCCCCGAGCUGGAGCUGACACCUUCGCUGCAGUGUAGACGUCCCCUCGGCCAUAUCCAUGCGAAGCUGGUGCCUGGGUGUAAGCGAGAGCGGCCGUCUCGGUCUAUCAUCUUGCUAUAUCUGUGACUAAUGGAAAUAGAAGAUGCUCCAGAAGCAUCAAUAGCUUCAGCAGCCCAGGAUAGGUGCUCUUUCGUACUGUCUAUUUUUUUUUCCCCAGAAAGUGACUCUGAAGGUCACUACAGGAUUUUGAAUUUAUUGGGCAUUAUUUAGGGAUUAAAGAAAGAAGCAAUCAAAAUCCCUGGGACAGGCUGCACCUCUUGUGACUGGGGCUUCCAUGGACUAGAAGAACAGAAGCCCUUUAUCCCUUAGAUAGGUCCGGUUUCAUUGUGUUGUGUGGUGAGAGCUGUGAAGUGGCCUGGGGGCAAGUAACAGAGUUCACCACUCUUUCUUGCUCUCUGCUACUUCGUUAUAAUGGCAUCUAUUCCUCAGACUAUGGGAUCUUUAAUGUGGCUGGCAGGGGGUACCACUGGGUCUUGAAGAACAUUGGCAGACCAGAGAUCUGGAGGGAGCCCGAGACCACCACAGCCAGACACUCUGCCCAGCCACCCCAGAGUGCUCUCAGCAACGUUGCUUAUGUGACUGAAGUGAACACAGCAGCUGAGGGAUGUGCACUAAGGAUCACUGCGUAGCUGGAAUUCUUCUAGGAGUAGAGUCAAGUCAGGUAGUGGUCAGUUAUUAGGCAUUAGUUCUACAGCUUGAUUUUGUAUAUGAAAAGGAAGCUUCUCCUUCGUCUCAUCACCCCAAGAGAGGUUGCACACAAUGGGCUUUGAUUUACCCCCAUGGCAUAGGUGUUGCAGCGAUCAUUGAGCCCAGGGGGCGGGACUCAUGUCUGGGCAGGAAGGGAGGUGGCUGCGGAGGGAAGGACAAUUUAAUCUCUGUCUGGGGUCUCCAUGGGAACCACACUGGAGGAGGUGGCCUAGGAAAUAAGCUGAAUCAGUCCAUCUCCUGGAUGGAAGUGCCCAGUCCCUUGGAACUCGAUCCACUCCAGGUAGACUGUCAACCUCCAGGGGCAUGGAGAUUGCGUUGCACUAGAAGAACAUGGUGGAACGUAGGCAAUGAAUCUAGGACAAUAUACUAGGCCUCUCACAGUGAGGAAUAUACCAGAGCUCCUCACUUGAGGGCCCAAGUGUGUAACCAAGAGAAGAAUUGUUUAUCCCGCCAUUCUUUGGAUGUAAUCGUUUUCUUCUCCUUAGACUAGUUUUGUGGCCUAGAGAUUUACCCCGGAGGAAGCAACUAUGUUUGAGGAUUUUGUUGUGUGUGUCGAUACUUCUUUUAACAAGAUACAUAGAACAAUAAAGCUGCCCUCAGUCCAUCUACUCCGCUUUCCCAGGCAUCACUGGGCAUUGCACCAUGGACCGAGGGCAGCAGCCGGACCUCAGCUCGUGGGGGAAGCCAGUACUUACAGAUUAUACAGUCUCCUCAAUAAAGUAAGUAUUUUAAAAAAACAAACAAAAAUCAAGCCUCCAUUCUGCUUUGUACCACUGGUCCCUAAUUGCAGAAUUGGACUGCCCCAUAGUCCCAGCACAUGAAUAUUUGAGUGAAAUGGAUUUCUGAUGUCAAUGAUACUUUGCCCUGUAUUGUUCUUCUUGCAUACUGCAAUGCUUUGUGAUAGCCUGUGUUAUAUAAGACUUGUCCAUUGCAGAGCUAAAGAUCUGGGGGAAUUCUAUGCUAUAAAAA